AUGCUUACCGACGGUCUUGAUAUGGGUAAGGCUUGCAGAGGUUUAAUUGGCUAGUUUCUAUAAGUUUGUAACUGGAAUUGAGGCAAGCUUACACUACUUUUGUAUCGUUAAAACUGAGUAUAGUCUAGUAUAACGUAAUAUAUUAUUGUAUAUUACUAUAUCUUUUGCAACUUUUUUGAGUUUUGGAAGGAAAUUUCAUACUUACUGUAAUAUGUACCUUAAGAAAAUGUUAGUUUUAGCUUACACCGACGGCAGACUCAGCCGGCUGUCAAACCAAGAAAACGACGAUGGUGAAUUCAGAAUCGACCACAUCACUCAAGUAUUCAACCAUCACACCAUGAUACGACUUCACUUUGACAAAACACGAUGUGGUAAGUUACAGUAACCCGUCUUGUUGUUUUCGCAAAGAUUUUCUCUUAUUUGGAGCAGUAGCUAUAAAUAUAUAACAACUUCAAAAGCGGCCUAACAGUGACAAAAACAACAAAUAUUUAUCAUUUUAAGACUAAAUGACACGUUUACUAUAUACAUAUUGAUUUUGGUAUCUUUUUUCCUUUAUUGUUUGUUUCUAUUACACUGGUCAAAAAGUAAAUUAAAAUGAUAUACCUAUUUCAGUGAGGACAAGUGGAAUGAGAUUCCGGCACGGUGAAGAAUACAGUCUUGAGAUUCACGCUCUAUUGGGCGAAAACGCUCCAGAAUCCUUAUUUCUGAGGCAUGAGAAUCAGACCGUGACCGAAGUGGAGCUGAAGGUGCUGGAAAGACAAGAAGUUCAGCUGGUCUUCUCGGCUCUUGAUGAAGAUGACAAUCCUAUCGACGAUCCAGAAACCAAGAUUCACAUGACCACCGUGAUCACGGGCGAGAACGGGGAAGAGUACGCUAGAAUCGAGUGGACCACCACUAUCAACGACCAUUUUGGGUAG